GAGUUAAGUGGCGCGCGCGUGAGCAGCUCUUUAAUCCCACACACCUGCUCCUCAUGCUGCAUCCAUUCCGUGUUUUCCAUCAGUCUCAGUCGAGGCGCUAGUAUCCAGCAUUAUGUGGACAAAACGAUUUAACAGGGCACAUUAACUGCAGAAAACAGUGUGGAUGGCACGAGAUGCGAGAUGCUCGUGGAUCAGCGUGGAACAACGAUGAGCGUCACAUAGCAGCAGGACAUGAAAGAGCGUUUAUUAUGAGCACUGCGCUUGCUGUGGAUGAAUCCGGCUGGAGAUGAUGUUGCGUCUGCGGAGUCUCGUAGCUGAAGUCGAGGGAUCUUGCAUACUUCUGCUCAUCCAGGAAUAACACACACGUUAAAUCUGACCUCACUAAACAUCUUCUGACAUUGUUUCCAGCAAAGGACAGCUGUGUAUGUCAGCGAAGAGCUCUUAGAUUUGACUGACAGAUGUCUUAUGAUGAAUGACUGCAGUUUAGGACCCUUUGCUGUGACUCUUUGAAGUAUGUAAAUAUAUUUCCCAUGAAGAUUUUAUUUAUAAGAACAUGUGAAUACGGAUGAAAGCGCACAGGAGGACUCUAUAUUCAAGUGCAGGAUGCAUUCUACCAAUCAAAAAUGAUGCGAUUCGCUGGAUUCCGAACACCAAAAUCUUUCAUGGCCUUUGUGAUGAGAAGAUGGAAAAUCUUACUGGUGCUGAAUGUGUUUACGAUGGCCGGCUUCAUCACUUUUUGGGGCAAGUGCAAUUUACGCACAACCAAAGCUGUUGGUCAACAGGCGGUGGCUGCUGAUGUGAGAGGGCAGACGCAUCUGAAUGGAUCUAUUCAGGAGACCAGCAUCACUCAUGAUGUGCUCUUAAGGAGACUUGGAUCACUGGAAGAUGUGGUGUACAGACAACUAAAUGGUUUGUCGAAGUCUCUUGGACUCAUUGAAGGUUUUGGAGGUCGGGGUGGAGGAGGUCUACCAGCAACACUUACACCAGAGGAAGAAAAGGAGGCCAAAUACCUGAGGGAGAAAUAUGGCUACAAUGCAUUUCUGAGUGACAAAAUCUCCCUGGAUAGAUCUAUUCCAGAUUAUCGACCCAGCAAAUGCAAAAAGGCCUUUUAUUCCCGUGACCUGCCACAGAUCUCCAUCAUUUUCAUCUUUGUAAAUGAGGCGUUGUCUGUCAUCCUGCGUUCAGUCCAUUCAGCUGUCAACCACACACCAGCUCAUCUCCUAAAGGAAAUCAUCUUGGUAGAUGACAACAGUGAUGACGUACAACUGAAAGGGCCGCUGGAGGAGUAUGUCAACAAGCGCUACCCGGGUCUUAUCAAAAUAGUGCGCAAUCAGAAGAGAGAGGGCCUCAUCCGGGCUCGCAUCGAGGGCUGGAAAGUGGCCACUGGGGAGGUGACUGGCUUCUUUGAUGCCCAUGUUGAGUUCACGCCUGCAUGGGCUGAACCAGUUCUGUCUAGAAUCAAGGAGAACCGCAAGAGGAUCUUACUGCCCUCCAUAGAUAACAUUAAAGACGAGACGUUUGAGCUGGAACGCUAUGAAAACUCAGGCCAUGGUUAUAACUGGGAGCUCUGGUGUAUGUAUAUCAGCCCACCGAAACAGUGGUGGGAUGAAGGAGACACUUCUGCACCUAUUAGGACUCCUGCAAUGAUAGGCUGCUCUUUUGUGGUAAACCGGGAAUACUUUGGGGAGUUGGGUCUACUGGACGCAGGGAUGGACGUGUAUGGAGGCGAAAAUAUAGAGCUGGGAAUCAGGGUUUGGCUGUGUGGGGGAAGCAUGGAAGUUCUGCCUUGUUCCAGAGUUGCCCAUAUUGCAAGAACAAAAAAGCCCUACCACAGUAACAUCGCCUUCCACACUAGGCGCAAUGCUCUGAGGGUGGCAGAAGUUUGGAUGGACCAGUACAAAUCAAAUGUCUAUUUGGCAUGGAACCUCCCAAUGAAGAACCAUGGCAUUGACUACGGAGACAUAUCCCAGAGACUUGCGCUCAGGAAAAGACUCCAGUGCAAAAACUUUGAGUGGUACCUCGACAAUAUCUAUCCAGAGAUGAGGAGAUACAACAACACUCUCUUUUAUGGAGAGAUACGCAACACCAAUGUGACCCAUCUGUGUGUGGACCAGGGCAUAAAGGAAAACCACACAGCAACUCUGCACCCCUGCCAUGGCUGGGGCCCUCAGCUGGGCCGCUACACUAAGGAGGGUUAUCUCUUCCUGGGUCCUCUGGGAAGCACUGGUGAAGAUACGCGGUGUGUGGUGGACGAUAAAAUCAGCGGCUACCCACAGCUCCUGAAUUGUGAGAAAGUCUCAAGCGUAAGCCAGAAAACGUGGCACUUUGCACAGAAUGAAGCAUUCAUCAACCGAGCUACAGGACGCUGUCUUGAGAUAGUGCCGGCUAAUGUCUACUUCGGCUAUGCUCUGAUCCUGCGUUCCUGCACUGGUCAGAAGUGGAACAUCAAGAAUUUGAUGAAACAGGACUGAGGGCAGUGAGUCAGCAAUCUUAGAAAGUUGGGAAUCUCUACGGCAUUCGUGAAACUUUAGAGUUUUGAGGAACUUAAGGGGUGCUGAUCAUGUUUGCGUGUUUUGGGUUUUUGGUCUUACUACAUUACACAUUACAAAAAAUAAGACACUCGAAGCACCGCCAUACAGUAGGUUCCUCAGAUUUCCACAUUCUGGAAAACCUCUAGACAUCCCUUCAACAAUGACAGUUCACUGAAAAACUUUGGAUUUCAUAAGUUAUUGCAAGAACUGUAAGGAACAUCAAUGGAUCCUCCAGUAAACUUGCUGCAAUUAAAGAUUUUGAAGCACAUAAACUGUUGAAGUUCCUUAGGUGUGCAGCAUUUUCAACCAUAGUUUCAACAAUGAGAGCAAUCAAGUCUGAGUGCAGAAACCAAAAUGACAAUUACAUGUUGUAGAUGAUCAACUGCUGCAUUGCAUAUACUCUGUACAUCACUGUAUGCAUAAUUUAAAGGAUUAGUUCACUUCCAGAAUAAAAAAAAUCCUGAUAGACCCAUAUGAUCAUAAGAUAGACCACUCAGACCCAUAUGAUUCAAGAUGUACAAGUCUUUCUGAAAAACAAAAAAAAAAUGUCUGGAUUUUUCUCCAUAUAGUGGACCAACGGGUUGAAGGUCCACAUGAAUAAUUGUCUUAUACUAGAUCUACCUCACGCAUUACGGAAUAAGGCAUGCACGACGUAGGCAGAAGCACUGACACAGGGUGCGUUCCAUUCCACUUUUAUACAUGCUGCCAUUUUGAACUGCAUACCACUUUGUGAAGUGAACGAGGGUAGUUUAUAUGGACAGCUCCUCUACCCCUCGAUCUAGACUGAGGGAGCAAGUCUGUUUCAUAUGCACACUUCUGGCCACUCCAUAGACCACAAUGCAAAAUGAUAUGACAUCAUCACAGAUUACGUUUAAUUUAUCCCCACCCCAAACAACACCAUAAUAUUUGACACUAUAUUAUUAUUUUUAAUUUAUAACAGCCUAAGUGUACCUAAAUACAUAUAAGUGACGUGACAUUCAGCCAAGUAUGGUGACCCAUAUUUAGAAUUCGUGCUCUGCAUUUAACCCAUCCGAAGC